UGUUAGCACCUAGGAAACAGCCCUUCCAAUCUCACGGAAAAAGCCAUAUCCUCCAGAGAUCGAACAGUUUUACAAGAAGAAAUACGAAAAAUCUCACAAUGCUUCAGAGAGCGAAUCUUGAUGAAAGAUGUUCACUAAAUGAACCAAGUAGAAUUGCCAACGACAGUCGAGAAGCAAAAUAUUCUUCCACUGAUUCUCAAGAAUUAAAAACGGAGGAGAAAUCUCCUCCAAUGACGAAUGCUUUGAAGGAACACCACGAAAUUGGAGAAAAUCCUCCGUAUUUUCCUCAACAAGAAGAUAAACAUCCCGUGAAAAGUGAAGGUCCCAUGGAACCAAUUGGACCUUGGGCGACAGGUUGCGUGACAUACAGUCCCCACAGUGGAAUGACGGGAGUACGUCCCGUAGUCGAUCGCUACUCAAUAACUCGUUACAGUCCCGGCGAAUGGCGAGCUCAUAAUCAAACAUUUUUCAACGAGUCCACCGAGAAAAUUCGAGAAGCUCAAAUAAUAAGAUCGGAUGCCCGACAAUCAAAAGAGGAGAUUUAUAAAGAAACUGAUAAGAGCCAACUGGAAAAUAGAGAUCGGCUCAGUGUACGAGCGGGUAUUGUUCAUCGAUGGAAAACGGAAUUGGAGCGAGCCCUUCUUGACAUAACUCAGGAAAUUGAAUUGCAAGAUGGGGAGCGACGUCGUGUCCAGCAGUCUCUGUCAGUUCUCACGAUACCCGAAUCAAUUGCUGCUGAGUUCUUGCAGCUUCGUUCCACUAGACUUGAGCCGGAUCUCGUGAAAGACGAUGUUGAAGCGGAAUUAGUAAAGGAAUUAGCACUCUGUUGGGAGGUGAGAAAAUUUCUCGAAAAAAGUAAAGAAGACAUUGAAGAGCAAUUACUUGAACUCAGAAGUUUUAAGAAUCGAAUGGAAUCAGAUUGGACGGAUAAAGCUGAUACUUAUGAUAUUGAUGCUUAUUGUUUGGGCCUGAAAAAUUCGUCUUCUUUAAUUAUGUUCAAAGAUGGUGUCACUAGAGUUCCCGCUAAUCAAAUAACACCCGAGGAUUACGAUAAUUUCACAAAGGAAAAUUUAACAGUAGCUGAGAAUUCAAGACAACGUUCCAUAAAUUUGCGAUCCACUUUGAAUGUCAAUUAUUCCAAUUCAUUGAAAGAUCUUCGAAUGCAAUCGAAUCGGGUGAAUUCAGCAUUGGGCGAGAAAAUUACUCUCACUGAACAAGUUUGUCAAAAUUUGGAAAAAGAACUUCUCAAGUGCUUACAGGAGCUCACAAUUACUGAGAAUUUAAUUGUAGAACUUCGAGGAUCGACAAAAAGUUUAAAUGAUGCUUUAAAAGUAGCACAAAGUCGUCUAUCGACACGUCUUCAACGGCGGAAUGUCGAAAAUUGCCGAGAUAUUCCACAAUAUGGACUCAUUGAGGAAGUGAAAAAUCUAGGAGAGAGUAUAUCGAAGUUGAUGAUUAAAUUGAGAAGAGCCGAAGAUGCACAAGCUGGUUUAGUGAAGUCAAGAAGUAAUUUGGAAAAAGAAAUAAUUGUUAAGCGAAAAUCUUUGUACAUCGAUCGAGAUCGUGGACUAGUUCUUCGAUCAUUCUAUCCAUCAACAACCGAAAUUUUGGGACAGAAUAUAAAAUGA